AUGGAGGAAUACGUGGAGCUGGAGGAGCAUGGCGUUCCCCCAGAUGCCUCCACCUCCUCCCACACCUUCCACCUAUCUUCUCUCACCUCUCGCGUAUGGUCCUGGCGUGUUCUAGGGGUGGCAUCUGUAUGUGCCUUGCUCCUGGUUGGUGUCAUAGUGCGUUCAGACCCGUACACGAGCACUAGUGCGAGUAAGAUCGAUGCUCAGGCGUCAAAGUUGGCAAUGGGCAUUGGGCAACAGUAUGCUGGUGUACCUCUGCUGCACUGCCAUGACUCAGUUGCCUGGGGAAGUUUCUACGCAUCAACACAGGCAGACGCUGACAGGUUUCAUGGGAACGUCGGUCAGACAUAUACUGUGGCUUGCCCGAGACACUGCAGCCUUACAGACGGGCAUAUCUACGGUUGUGGAAAAGGACCCUAUUUGGACGAGUCCAGCAUUUGUAUGUCAGCUUUGGGCGCGGGACUAGCAGGAAAUGAAGAGAUUUCAAUCGUGACGUUUGUGCUAGUUGAGCCCGUAGAAAAAUAUUCUGACUGCACUAUGAGAGGAUACGAUUAUGUUGGAGCCACUAAGCCCGCCUUCAACAUCAUCUCGAUGCCCUGGACUUGGCAAGAGUGGAAAAGGGCCACCAAGUCACCGUACGUUGGUCGAUUUUGCGGUGACAGCUGGGCUGCUCAGAACCCGAAUCAAGCGUGUCAGGCGAGUAUCAAGAAGUACAGGAUGAACUGUGAGAUCACCAGCGGGUUGGAGCACUGCUACGGCGCAAGAGCGUUCCAGUUUCUCAAGGGGACAGAUCCCCCUAACAUGGUUCCAGAAGCUGCAACUCAGAUGCUCAUGUCGCCUGCUCCAUCGAUGGCUCUCCACCACAUUCCUUCUUGA